AUGGGACAAGAUGAUUUCAAGGUUUAUAUGGGAUGGGAAGAAGCCCAGAACAAGGUUAACAACAUUGCAACUCCCGAAGUAAUUAUGAGCUUCAGUAUAGCAUCUCUUUUGCUGCUCUUUGUGCAGAUGUCCUCAGUCUUCAGUUACCAAAAUGUGGCUUUACGUGGAAAAGCCACUCAGUCACAUCGCUACCAGGGACCGUGGGAUGUCUUUGGGGCAGCGAGUAAUGCUAUUGAUGGAAACCGUGAAUCUCGCUUUAAUUAUGGAUCAUGCAGUAACACUGCAAAAGAGACAAACCCCUGGUGGAGAGUAGACUUGCUGGAGUCCUAUAUAAUCACCUCCAUGAUCAUCACCAAUCGAGGAGACUGUUGCGACGAAUUUAUCAAUGGAGCAGAGAUUCAUAUUGGCAACACGUUACAAGACAAUGGUGCUGCAAACCCACGGGUUGCUGUAAUUCCUUCAAUUCCUGCAGGGAGCUCACACACCAUAGCUUUCAGUAAUCGUGUGGAGGGACGUUAUGUCACUGUCCGUAUACCAGGUCCAAACAGAAUGCUUGUGCUCUGUGAAGUGGAGGUCUAUGGGUAUCGUGCCCCAACUGGAGAGAACCUUGCACUCCAAGGAAAAGCCACGCAGUCGUCAGUGCAGACCUUAGGGCUUGCAUAUAAUGCUAUAGAUGGAAAUCGUAACAGCAACCCAGAAAAAGGAUCCUGCGCUCAGACAAACUAUGACGUCAGCCCCUGGUGGAGACUUGACCUGCGCAAAACACACAAAGUGUUUUCUGUUAAGAUAGUCAACUCUGAUUCUGACCCAGAACAACUCAACGGGGCUGAGAUUCACAUCGGAGAUUCUCUUGACAACAAUGGCAACAGUAAUCCCAGGUGUGCUGUGAUCACAAGUAUCCCUGCAGGCGGCAUUCAAGAGUUCCAAUGCAACGGGAUGGAUGGCCGCUACGUUAACGUUGUCAUCCCAGGAAGAGAGGAAUAUCUGAAUCUGUGCGAAGUGGAGGUUUAUGGUUCUGUCCUGGAUUAG